AUCUACUGCAUAUUAAGAGAAUCUCAAAGCCAGAUCGAGUGGAAGCAAUCAACUACACAUGCUUAGUUACAAACUCAAUAUUGCAUCAUUUUGGUGAAAUCCAUAUUCUACUCCAAAGAGUCUAGAGAUUUACGUCACAUCCUUCUCCAGAUAUUGCAUCAUCUUGGUGAAAUCUAUACUCUACUCCAAAGAGUAUAGAUUUACAUUAAUUAUUCUCAAGCAGUCGGUGGAAUUUGCUAUCUGACAUAGAAGAAGCUAUAUAUCUCAACUAGGCACUUGCAAAUGGACUCAGUCAUUAGUUGUGUGAAGGAUUCAGUCAGUAGUUGUGUGAAGGAUUUUGGCCCUACAGUUUGGAAAUAUGUCAAGUAUCAGAUCUGUCACGAGGAUUAUGUACGCAAAUUCGAAGCAAAGCGAAAGAGGCUGGAGGACCGGCUAAAAGACGUUGAGGCAGAAUUAGAGACACAACUGCAGCCGCAGCCUAGAAAGAAGGCAAGGUAUGAUGUCGAUGCUUGGGUCGAGGAAGCACGCAAAGAAACUACUGUAAAGGUUGAAGAUCUGAAUUGCAAAGGGCGCUGUUGCACAUUUAUUUGCUCAUCAAGAAAGCUGGAUGAAAGGACUGAAGAAUUGCAGCGACUACUUGAGGAAGGAAAAGAAUUCACUAAUGUUGGUGUGAGUUUGGUUAUAGAUGAUCACUCAAAAAAAGGAGUUCCAAUGCCUGCUGAAAAAUGCAUUGCACGGGAUGAGGUACAAGAAGAAAUUCUGCAACUAUUAAGGGGAGACAAGGUUACAAGAAUUGCAGUUUGUGGAAUGGGUGGUGUGGGCAAGACAACAAUCAUGAAGCAAGUCCACAACCAACUAUUAAAAGAAUCCACAAUUAAGAAAGUUAUUUGGGUAAAGGUAUCUAGAGACUUUGAUAUUGUUCUCCAACAAAAAAGGCAGUUUGAUAUUUUCAAGUUUCAGAAGAGCAUUGCAGGAAACUUGGGAUUAAAACUGAAGAAUGAGGAUGAAAAUACUAUUAACCUUGCAGCACUAAUAUCACAAAGCUUGCAACAGGGCCGUUGUGUUUUAAUUCUGGACGAUGUGUGGGAGCCUUUUUCUCAAGAAGCUGUUGGAAUCCUUGAUCCUAAUGGAAAUGAUGCUUGCAAGAUGGUGCUCACAACACGAUCACAAGAGGUUGCUGGUAAAAUGCAGUGUAAGGAGAUUUAUGUGAAGCCUCUUCCAGCUGAUGAAGCAUUAGCAUUAUUCUUGGACAAAGUUGGAAGUGAGGUGGUGUCCUCUCCCAGAUACAAAAGUGAUGUAGAACCUUUUUUGAGACAGAUUUUGAAGAAAUGUAAUGGUCUACCCCUUGCUAUUGGGGUGGUGGCAACGACCAUGAGAGGAAAAUUCAAUCGUUACUCAUGGGAGACUGCAGCUAAAGAAUUGAGCAAAUAUGAAGAAAUUGUUGAUUGUUUGAAAUUCAGUUAUAACCACUUAGAUGAACAACACCAGAAUUGUUUCUUAUACUGUGCAUUGUAUCCUGAGGACCAUGAAAUCCGAAAAGAGGAGUUGAUUGAGUUUUGGAUUGAGGAGGGAUUUAUAAUAGAUGAAAGUGGGUCUCGGCACUCAAUGAUUUGUGAGGGCCUUUCUAUUAUUCAAAAGUUAAUAGACAAUUGCAUGUUGGAAUUGGUUCAAAAAAAAGACCAAUUAUAUUAUAAGAGACCGCAUGAAACGGUUAAAAUCAAAAAUGAUAAAGAUCGGGUGAGUAUGCAUGAUCUCCUCCGAGAAAUGGCAUUGAAGAUUAUUCAUCCUCAAUUCAUGGUGAAAGCUGGCAUGGCCUUGGAAGAGCUACCGGAGGAGGAUGAAUGGAGAGAAGAUCUUUUGAAGGUCUCUUUAAUGAAUAAUGACAUUAGAGAAAUUCCUUCAAGCAUGUCGUCUCUCAAGUGUCCAAUGCUCACAACCUUGUUGUUGUCCAAUAACAAUAUUACAACAAUUCCAAAAGCCUUUUUUGAUCAUAUGCCUGGGCUGAAGAUCCUUGAUCUUUCUGGCAAUCGCAACCUACAUAGGCUGCCGAGUUCUGUUUCCAAAUUAGAGAAUCUUACCACACUACUGCUGGAGAAUUGUGAGUUCUUAAAAGAGGUACCACCUUUAUCCAACCUUGGAGGCUUAAAAAAGUUAAACCUUUUUGGGACAUCAAUUAAAGAACUACCCCAAGGCCUCAACAUGUUAACCAAUCUAAAAUAUCUUUGGCUUGGUGGAAUGUUAUCUGAUAUACCUGACGGAUUGCUACGAAAUCUCUCCAAACUUCAGUGUUUAGGAGUAGAAGGGACUAUACCAUUGAAAUGGGAGGAGAUUGGAAGAUUGAGGAAGUUGGAAUCUCUUGAAGGCCGGUUGUCUCCGCUGGAUGAUAUGAGCCUCUUUGUUAAGUCUGAAAGAAAGUUUUUAAAUCAAUACAGAAUUUUUGUUGGAAGCUACAAUCGACAUGAUUAUUACUACGAUAACGAAACCUUUUCAAAUGUUAUGAAAUCAAUUGUAUGCUGUCAUAUUGAUAUAUGUGAGGAGCCUAAUUGGUUACCAUCUGAUGCACAAGGCUUCUACAUCUUGGAAUGCAAGGAUGUGAGAAGCUUGGACGACAUUUCUGGCUUUCAAGAAGCAACCGACUUGCGGCACUGCACCGUUGAGCGAUGUGAUGGCAUGGAGUUUGUUGUUUCCUCGCGCCGCUUAAAGCUGCUCCAAAACCUUGAGUCGCUAUACCUUUAUUGUCUGGAAAAAUUGAAUGCAGUGGUUGGGGCAGUAGAAGCAGUUGCCAAGUCAGCACCGUUGCCAGCUGGCACUUUUUCUUCUCUUCAAAAAAUUGAAGUUGGGGGAUGUGGAAAAAUAAAGAAGUUAUUGCCGCUUAGGUUGUUGCGGUAUCUCCAGAAUCUACAGACCAUUGAGGUUGAAUGGUGUGAUCAAAUGGAGGAGAUAAUAUGGUUCGAAUAUGAAGAAGAAAGAGAAAAAGCCCUAGAAAAACUCACUCUACCAAAGUUAAAAAGGGUGAUGUUGCUGGAUUUACCCGCAUUGAAGAGCAUCUACAGUGGCUCUACUCCUGUCUUGAUCUGUGAUUCCCUCAAAAGGAUUGACAUUCGGGGGAGCCAAGAAAUACAGAGUGUUUUUUGGACGGGGUUUAACCCACUUCCAACCCUUGAGCAUCUGCAGCUUGAGAGGUUAGAUAAUCUGAAAUCCGUGUUUGAUGAAGAAGUUCUUGGUUUAUCGGCCCGUCCCACCAACUUUUUCUCUCUUAAAACAAUUCGUGUGUCUAGUUGCCCUAAAUUAAAGAAAGUGUUCUCAUCUAGAUGGCUGCUUGGCUACUUCCAAUCUCUAGAGACUAUUGAUAUUUAUUCCUGUUACCAAAUGGAGGAGCUGAUAUCAUCAUCGACCUAUGAAGAAAAAGAAGCCCUAGAAAAAAUCACUCUACCCAAGCUCCAAAGGUUGGAAUUAUCUCGAUUGCCCGAAUUGAAGAGCAUUUGUAGCAGUUCCAGUGUGUUGAUUUGUGAUUCCAUCAACGGUCUGCUGAUUCAAAAUUGUAAGAAGCUAAAGAGGAUCCCUCUGAAUCUUUCCUCGCUUGACAAUGGCCAGCCUCCUUCCCUCAAACAAAUUGAGUUAGACACAAAAGAACGCUGGGAAUCAUUGGAAUGGGACCAAUCCAAUGCAAAGGAUGUCCUUUCUACCUUCUAUAAAUUUCACCGUGACAGCAACAUUGACAUUGAAGAAGAAGAAGAAAAAGAAAUGUCUGGUGAUGACAACGAUGAUGAAGAAGAAGAAGAAAAAGAAGAAAUGUCUGAUGACGACAACAAUGAUGAUGAAGAAGAAGAAGAAUCUCUUAGGAUGGGCUAAGAAGCAAAGGAGUGCAGGCUCUUUGGUGAUUGGGCGGUGCAAAUGUUUUGGAUGCUACAUGUUAGGGACCCACAAGGUACAAGAUGCCUUCAUCUAAAGAAGCAUUUGAAAGAAAACUGCAAGCAUAAACACAUGAUUCUUCUGUUAAACAAGUUCAAUCUCAUUUUCUAGCUGUAUUUAUAAGGCUGCAACAGCUUGUGAACACUUGUAAUUCUUCCUUUUCACUAUGAGAUUGUUUACGCUUGGGCUACAAAGGGAUGGCUUAGAAUAUUAUGAAAGCAUUUCAUGCUUGCAUCAAUAGGUCUUUUUGCAAGGGUUCUCUAUUGUCAACUUUGACACAAUUUGCCCUCCUAACAAGUGACGAGCAAGCAAUAUCUGUGGGAUUUGUUGGCUAUCCUAAUGAUGGAAAGUCUUCUGUUAUUAACAUAGGUCCUAAAAAUGUGCUGCCUCUUUAUGGCUUCUUUUGUUGCAUUAUUCAUGAAAAUUUGUGUUUUUAUGCCCUUGAAUGUUGAAGGGAUAAAUGUGCCCAUCACUAUCUUCCAAACUCUAUCUAACAUGUUUAUUAACUCUUAUCUAAAAUCUGAUUUCUCUGGAUGCUUUUAAGUAUAGCACCAUAUCUGUUUGUCAACAUUGUAGCCCAAUGAAUAUCUUGCAACUGU